AAACGACACACGACGAUGAGCCGCAAGUUCAAGUGGAAGGUCGACGCGGAGAAGCACGUCGUGGUGUGGAAUUUUGAGCGCCGGGGAUGGCAGAAAACGGAAGGGAACGACUGGAACAUCUACUGGGCGAACAAGCAGAGCAUCAAGAGCAUGUUCAACCCCGAGAACGGCGUGCGCCUCACAGACGGGCAAUACGUCAACCAUUUCCCCAACCACUACGAGCUCACGCGGAAAGAUCUCAUGGUGAAAAACAUCAAGAGGUACAAGAAGGAAGCAGAGAAAGACCCGGCGCUCGUCGAAAAGCUCGACUUCAUCCCGGUUACGUACACGCUACCUGGCGACUACUCGCUCUUUGUUGAGGAAUUCCGCCGAAACCCGAACGUGAUGUGGAUCAUGAAGCCGUGCUCGAAAGCGCAAGGAAAGGGCAUUUUCAUCAUCAACAAGUUGUCCCAAACCAAGAAAUGGGCCAACGCCAAAGCAGUCGAGGGCUACGUCGUGUCGCGGUACAUCGAGAAUCCGCUGCUGAUCGGCGGCAAAAAGUUCGACUUGCGCAUGUACGUCCUUGUGACGUCGUAUCGGCCGCUGCAGGCGUUCGUGUACUCGGAAGGGUUUGCGCGGUUCUGCAACGUCAAGUACUCGUCCGACAUUGACGACAUGGACAAUCCAUUCAUGCACUUGACCAACGUCGCGGUGCAAAAACACAACGAAGACUACAAUAACAAGCACGGUGGCAAAUGGAAUAUCUACAACCUCCGCCUCUACGUCGAAGCCACACGGGGACGGGUACGACCGUCUGCUUCGUGCGCAUGUUUAGAGUGGUCUCGACCGCGUGGUGGUGGAUGCUUGGUCCAGCACGUCGUUGCACAUUUCGAUGACACAUGGGCUCGGUGGAAUCAUUGUUAGGGUGCGGCGGACAAGAUGCUGUCGGCCAUUCACAAUAUCAUGGUGCACUCGUUGAAAGCCGUCCAAAACGUCAUCAUCAACGACAUCCACAGCUUCGAGUGCUAUGGCUACGAUAUCAUCGUCGACAGCGACCUCAAACCGUGGCUCGUCGAGGUAAAUGCAUCGCCUUCGCUCACGACGACGACCAUCGAAGACCGCAACAUGAAAAGCCGUUUGCUCCGCGACGUGCUCGAGUUGGCCGUCGUGAACGACGCCGUCGACCAGCGCCGGUCGUUCCAACCGCCGGAAUUGAGCGCGACCAACGGCUUUGAGUGGCUCAUCAACGAAGCGUCCGUGCUGGAAGCGGAGAAGUUGCACAAGAAAGCGUCGCGUAGGAACGCGACUGAGUGGAGAUAAGGAUCGAUGAAUGAACCGAUCGGCCGUGCACCGCGUGGUGCGAUGGACGCCGUCGCUGCUCACAACGGCAAUUGCCUUGCAUGCGAUGUAGAACGUCGCGCACCCUGCAAAACCCAUGCGGCACGUCAAGUCGCGACCGUUGAACAACACGCCACCUCCGCUGCGAAAUGCGUUAACUCAAUGCAGUUCGGCAUAGACGAGUCGAAUCGCAAAGACAAUUCACGCAAAGAGCGCAUAUAUCGUUGCGUUGAUC